GGGGCGGGCCGGGCCGGGCCGGUGCGAGCGGCGGGGCUGCCGGAGCCAGCCGCGAGGUGCAGCGCGCACAUGGGGACGCACCGCAUCGUGCUCUCGGGCCCCGGGCCCUGGGGCUUCCGCCUGGUGGGCGGCCGCGACUUCGAGCAGCCCCUCGCCAUCUCCCGGGUGACUCCAGGCAGCAAAGCUGCCAUAGCCAACUUGUGUAUAGGAGACCAGAUCAUAGCCAUUGAUGGAGUGAACACAGAUAACAUGACGCACCUUGAGGCACAAAACAAAAUCAAGGGGUGCACAGAUGAACUGACUCUGACAGUCAGCAGAACGGAGUCAAAAGUCUGGUCACCGCUUGUAAGCGAGGAGGGAAAGACACAUCCUUAUAAGAUGAAUCUGGCCUCUGAGCCACAGGAAAUAAAGCACAUAGGAAGUGCACACAAUCGGAGUGCAGUGCCCUUCACUGCUGCCACAGCUUCUGCCCCCAGGGUGAUCACUGCUCAGUACAACAGCCCAGCAGGCCUCUACUCCUCAGAGAACAUCCAGACCUUCAACAGUGCGGUGGAGACAAAAACAUCACCUGGGGCCCAGGAGCCUACCAAGCCUUUAGAUCAGCAUAACCAGACCCCAGGCAACAUUGCCAUAGACAGACAAUCUGAGGUGUACAAGAUGCUGCAGGAGAAUCAAGAGUCAAAUGAGCCACCCAGACAGUCUGCUUCAUUUCUUGUGUUGCAAGAGAUCUUGGAGUCAGAGGAGAAAGGAGACCCUACCAAGCCAUCUGGAUUUAGGAGUGUCAAAGCCCCUACCACAAAGGUGGCCUCAUCGAUUGGGAAUGCCCAGAAGCUGCCCAUGUGCGACAAGUGUGGAUCUGGCAUUGUAGGGAUGUUCGUGAAGAUCCGGGACAAGCAGCGUCACCCCGAGUGCUACGUGUGCAGCGACUGUGGCACCAAUCUCAAGCAGAAAGGACACUUCUUUGUGGAAGACCAAAUCUACUGCGAGAAGCACGCGCGGGAACGGGUGAUUCCCCCGGAGGGCUACGAGGUGGUCACUGUGUUCCCAAAGUAAACUGUGCUGCUCACAAAGCAAGUGUGGAUGAUUUAUCUCUGCUGCUUUUCCUUGGAGAGCAUUUUCCCUACCCCCUGCAGAAUCUUGUUUGCAAUAAGGAAUGCUAGGCAUGGCUUUGAAUUUCCCUGUCAUUAUUAAUCCUCCAUCUGUUCACAUGAGAUGUCACUAAUUGUUCAACAUUCUUCUCAUCCUCUCUUUCACUUUUUUUUAAUACACAGAUUUUUUUUUCCCCUUCAUUGUGCUGUCAAUCACACAGGAAAAUCAGAGGCCAAAGUCAGAUUACAACUUUUCUGUGUUCUAGUUAUUUUGCCGUUUGUUUGCCUUCAAUAAAUGGGGUGAAUCCACAA